AUGGCCUUCACUUCAAUCUUCGAAUCAUCCGACGGCGAGCAGAGAUGGAUCAACCAAGUCAGCAAAAUCCUCCAACACCAUGAAGUGAUGGUCCAAAUCGACCUCCCAGUUUCCAUCUUUCGAGUCCCAGCCACCAUUUCUGCAUUCAAGCCCGAGGCCUACGUGCCUCAGCUCAUCGGCUUGGGUCCCUACCAUCAUUUUCGCUCCGAGCUCUAUGAGAUGGAGAGGUACAAGCUUGCUGCAGCAGCCCGGCAUCAAAGCCAGUUUAAAAGCCUCGAAUUCAAACAACUUGUCAAUCAACUCAUCGAGCAUGAACACAGAGUUCGUGCUUGUUACCAUAUGUAUUUGGACGUUGAAGGCGAAACACUUGCAUGGAUUAUGGCCAUUGAUGGCCUCUUUUUGCUUGACUUUCUUCACAAUUAUCAUAUCCACAUGAAAGAAAAUUCGGUGUCUUCGUCUGCAACAACAGCUCACUUAGUCGAUUCCACUGGACGGAAGCUAGCUCAUGGCACUGUCCUCGGCGACAUAAUGAUGCUCGAAAAUCAAAUCCCAAUCUUUCUUUUGAGAGAGAUUGUGUCAAUCCAAUGCUCAUUGCCUGAUGUGGAAGACAAUUUGUUGCCUUCUAUGUUGAUGGGUUUUUGUAAAUCUCUCUCUCCAAUCAAACUCAUCAAGGAGGACCUCCCUUCGUCUCAAGUCACCAAGCAUGCACAUUUGUUGGACCUUUUGUACCACUUGAUCGUGCCCAAAAUGAACUGCUCUGAAGACAAUCCAGGCAAUGGAUUUGGCAAAUUGGGAUCGUCGAGCUUUGAUACUACAGAGCCGAGCUUUGAUUCAAGCAAGUCUUAUCAAGUUUUUGAUAAGCUUUGGAACUUGUUAUGCAGUCUACAUGUUGGGUUAAUUAGUACAAUCACAAAGCCUAUUCAGAACUUAUUGGGUGUGUCUUCAAAGAUAAUUAGUAAUGUACCAGGGGUGUCCAUUUUAAUGUCGAAAAAGAAAGAAGACAUAAAACCUGAAGAAGAAGUUUCCAGUGAUGUCAAGAAAACUCCUAAGGUAGAGGAGAUCAUGAUUCCUUCAGUAUCAAUGCUUCGCUUUGCUGGGGUGGAAUUUUGUCCCACUACAGGUGGCAUUUCAACUAUUCAAUUCGAUGCAUGUGCCAAGAAAUUUUACCUCCCUGUCAUCACUCUGAACGUGAACUCGGAGGUAGUGAUGAGAAACUUGGUGGCAUACGAGUCUUCACUUACCUCCGAGUCACUUGUUUUCACACGAUAUACUGAGCUGAUGAAUGGAAUCAUAGAUACUGUUGAGGAUGCAAAGCUGCUUAGAGAAAAUAAAAUCAUCGUAAACAGUCUGAAAAGUGAUGCUGAUGUUGCGGAACUCUUCAAUGGGAUGAGCAAGUCAGUGAGACUCACAAAUGUGCCCUAUAUUGAUAAGGCCAUUGAAGAUGUGAACAAGUGCUUCAACAACACAAAGCAGAUUCGAAUGUAUAGGCGGAUGAAGAAUUUCGUGUACGGUUCUUGGCAGAUUCUGACAAUCAUAGCAGUAGUUUUGCUCAUGUUGCUGAUGGCUUUACAGUCAUUUUGCUCGGUUUAUAGCUGUCCUCGUAUGUUCCACACCUUUAGCAGUUCAACUUCUGCUUCAGGGUGA